CCUCGCGGUCAGACGCGCGCCGUGCUCCGUCAAAAUCGGCCCGAUACCACGAUCCUACGAACUCGGCCGUUCGGAGUCGAUGCCGGCCCAGUACCCCGUGUUGAAAAACUUUUAUGAACAAGAAAUAGAUCUGUGCGCGUCCGUCUACGAACGCUUGAAGUAAUCGUAAAUCAGGAUACAUCGGAAAUGGCGUGCCAAAGCGAAAUUUCUUUUUAAAUUUACGCGCCCGUAUUAAUAAAGAUUUAUCUUCGAGAACAAGGGGAGUUUCUGAGUUAAUUAUAGAUACAUUUUCACUAUGUACAAGGAACUAAUACGCGCGCGUGGUCGUAGAAGCAUCGUGUCCUGUAGCAAACAAAUUAAAAACGGCUAAAAUCCAAAAUAGAUUGGGGAGCUUUUAAUGUAUGAUGUGACAUCUGCUUUAAGGAACCGGUGUCAUAAUUUGUCAACGUGUUAAUUACAUAGUAGAGUGUACGUUGACAGAUUUAGUGAAAGCAGGUAUAGUUUGUAGAUGCAUAUAAAUUGUGUUAAAAUGUUAGAGUCAUUAGGGAAAAUUUAUUUUUGAAUAAAUUAUGAAUGAAUGUGCCAAGUGACGAUGAAAAGACGGAGAGUGUCAAACUAAACGUAAAAAUAUUAAAGAAACAGAAAAAAAUAUGGCUGAAAAUUUGAAGAGGAUUAAAAAGCAUUCUUGCUUGAUGAAUGCAAUUCUGCUUUUCAUCACAAUGAUUUAUGAAGCGGGUGGCAUCAGUACAACGGAGCUCCGUAUCACGCCCCGAGUCGUCCAGAAAGGGAAGAACGUCACGAUGGCCUGUCUCUACGAUCUGAACGACUACGGAGUGUACUCGGUGAAGUGGUACAAAGGAAUGCAGGAGUUUUACAAGUAUUCGCCCUUAGAGAGUCCCACCACUAGAGUAGUGCCUGUAAAUGGUAUUAAAGUUGAUAGGUUAAGGUCUAAUGAAACACACGUGGUGCUACUACGAGUGAUGCCAAUACUUAGCGGUAACUAUAGCUGCGAGGUCAUACUGAAUGCGCCAUCAUUUCCACACUACAUGGCCUCAGGAAGGCUGGAUGUAGUAGGUAUCGGUGGUCUUCGAGCUACAGAUCUAAGAAUCUCACCGCCAGUGGUUCAGCGGGGCUCAGAUGCGACCCUGGCCUGUCUGUACGAGCUGACUGAAGCUCCCCUGUACUCCGUGAAGUGGUACAGAGGGAGACACGAGUUCUAUCGGUACUCACCGACCGAAGUGCCCGCCACAAAGAUAUUUCCCUUUGCUGGGAUCAACGUUGACCUGGCCAGAUCAAACCAGAGCCAAGUAGUACUGACCAGGGUCAGUUUUGGUCUAUCCGGCAACUUCAGUUGUGAAGUGACCGCAGACGCACCUUCGUUUGCUACGUCCAUCGUUUCCAAUACCAUGGAGGUUGUAGUUCUUCCACCAUCGUCUCCGAAGGUUCAGACAAGUCAGCACUACUACACGCCUGGGGAUAUCCUCAGAGCUAACUGUACGUCGGGACCGAGUCGCCCGCCACCUGAGCUUACAUUCUUCAUCAAUGAUAUGCCUGUAACACCAGGUACAUACCAAGUUCACCAAGCUCACGAAGGACUCCUCCUCGCGGAGCUCUACGUCCAAAUUCAGCUAUGGCCAGCGCAUUAUGAGCGAGGGGCCCCCAUCCUGCGCUGCGAAGCCAAAGUAGCCGACCUGUACAGAGAUGAUUCAGCUGUGGCGCUGUAUUCAGCGAACAGCGAUCCAAAGAUUGAGAGGGUGACGUCACCGGGCUCCGGUUCGAAACAGCACCUGUGCCAAGUCCUAGCGCUGAUCCUCAUCAUCGUAUGGACGAACGUCUCAUAGACUCUACGUAUACUGUGUAUAAAUAAUAUAAUGAUUAGUUAUAACCGAUUCAGCGGACGGUUAAAGAUUGUGAAUUUAACAAAAAAAAAAAUAGUUUAUCCUACCGAAUCGAGCUGAGUUACGCCAAAGAAUUGUAAAGACUUAAGUAUAUUGUUGAUUUAAUACAAAUAUAU